GUUUGUCAGCACCUGGCACCACUUCAAGUGAGUCUAUUGCAAGAGAAUCAACAGAACAUGAGAAGAAAGCCUGCUCUUGUGGCCUUGCAUAUCACCCUCCUGUCCCCUUUAAUACCUGGGACACAACUGGAGCUCCAACCUUAACACCUUUCUCCGUGGCUCUCUCCACUAAAGGAAAAUAAUAGGUUAGGAGAGAGAACUGCAAUCAAAACAAUGAACAUCAUCGUCGAACUCUUUCUACUUGUGGCCAUUGUCAUCUAUUCCUACCUGGAGGCCUUGGUGAAGCUAUUUAUUCCAGUGAAAAGGAAGUCUGUCAGUGGAGAAAUUGUACUUAUUACAGGAGCUGGUCAUGGAAUUGGGAGGCUCACUGCCUGUGAAUUUGCCAAACACAAAAGCAAACUGGUUCUGUGGGAUAUUAAUAAGCACGGUGUUGAAGAAACAGCUGCUGAAUGCAGAAAACUAGGGGCCACGGCUCGUGCUUUUGUGGUUGACUGCAGCAAAAAAGAGGAAAUUUAUAGCAUGAUAGACAAGAUAAAGAAUGACAUUGGUGAUGUGACCAUCGUGGUGAAUAAUGCUGGAGCGGUUUACCCAGCUGAUCUUCUGAGCACCAAAGAUGAGGAAAUUACCAAAACAUUUGAAGUCAACAUUCUAGGUCACUUCUGGAUUAUUAAAGCGCUCCUGCCUUCUAUGAUGCAGAGAAACCAUGGUCACAUUAUCACUGUAGCAUCCAUAUGUGGACAUGGAGUGAUUCCUUAUCUUAUCCCUUAUUGUUCCAGUAAAUUUGCUGCUGUUGGGUUUCACAGAGCCCUAACAGCAGAAGUUGCUGCCCUGGGAAAAAACGGAAUCAAGACCUCUUGUCUCUGUCCUGUUUUUGUGAAUACUGGAUUUACCAAGAACCCAAGCACGAGGUUAUGGCCUGUUUUGGAGACAGAUGAUGUUGUGAAGAAACUAAUGGAUGGAAUUCUAACUGACAAGAAAAUGAUUUUUGUUCCAUCAUAUUUGAAUCUCUGUUUGGCAUUAGAAAAAUUUCUUCCUGAGCGUGCAUUGGCCGCCAUAAAUCGGGUCCAAAAUGUUCAGUUUGAAGCAGUGGUUGGCCACAAACACAAAAAGAAAUGAGGACUUUAGAUUGAACUGGUUUUAAGAUGUUUUCCAGUGCCAAAUCUUAGGACCUUUUAUAAAAAUAGAAUGAAUACUGAGUGAUUAUGCAUAUAGGACUACUAUCUUCAUCUUUCUUAUUUUUGAGGGAAAAAUCUAUGGUUUCAAAAUUUUAUUAUAUUUCCAUUUCGUGCAACCAUUUUUUAUUCUAUUUUUGUCUUUUCCAUACCCUGGUGGACAAAAAUAACUUUUCUGUUAGGUCUCACAAAAGGAUUGUAGAUUAGAGCUGGGAAGGACUUUGGAGGCCACUUCCUCCAAUCCCCUCAUUUGAAAGACGAGGAAAUUGAGUCUCAGGAAUAUUAAGGGACUUGUCACACAGGUAGGAUCAUCAGAGGUGGGAUUCAAACCCAGUUCCUAGAUAGCCGGGGGUCUUUCCACUAUGCCAGCUGCCUCCUAAGAAGUUGGAUAAUAUAGGCAAAAUGUCAGGUUCUCACCUCUGUAUUUUCUCCGUAAGACUUAAGGGUCUCCCUGGUCACUUCUAGCUCUAAUUCAAUGAUCCUAUUAUCAAGUGUUGCAGUCUUAAAUGAAAUUUAAACAGGUAAGCUGACCAUGAAAGGCAUAGCUCUUAAAUAGUUAAGCUUCACAGUUAGAAAACUUUACUUAUUAGUUUGUUAUUCUCUUUCUCAAGUAGAGUGACUUUUAUCUUCUCUCUCCCACAAUUCAGUUGAAAUUAAAAUAUUUCAUCUCAUCCUCUCUGUGACAUUUUAAUAUCCAAGAUCUCUUUCCUACACCCCAAAGUCACCCUGCCCCUAUCAUUCUCCUUCCUUUCUAUGUUCAAAAAUCCCUUGAUCUCAGAAAAGCGGGGAAAAUCGAUCUUAAAAGCCUCAUUUAGUUUAGAAAUCAAACACCAACAUAGCUUCCCUACUUAGACAACCAAGGACCUUUAGACAACCAAGGAUCCUCCCUACUCCUACCCCCCCCCGGGGACAUUUAACCACAACAAAGAUUUGAGAAUGAACGCUGACCCAGAAAAUGAACCAGAAUUCUUGAGACUCUUACAGUAUGUCUGGGAAGUGUUGCCUUGAGGGGAUUAAAAUAACAAGAACAAUUUGUAAACCAAAGUACAGUAUGUGUCUUAACCAAACACUCACUCCUAAUUACUUCAUUUCAAAUCAGUUAUGUUUUUGUGAGCAGCAAGGUUGCACAAUGCUAGCCUGAAGUUAGAAAGACUGAUCUUCCUGAGUCCAAAUCUGGCCUCCGACUACUAGCUGUGUUACCCUGGGUUAAG